AUGGCCGAACAAGAACAAGCUGAACUUAACAAUACUAGUGAAACUGAAGCAACUGUUAGUGAAACAACGAAAUCAAAAGAGAAAAAUUCAAAAGAAAAAGUUGCAGCUGCAACUGACUCAACGAUUGAUGUAAUCGAUGGAAAUAGUGCAACUGCUGGUCAAAAUAUUAAUAAUAAUGCACGUUCAGUAGAAUCUGUUCAAGAUCUAUUAAAGAAAAUAGUUUUAGCUGAACAAGCUUCGUCUGUAUCAAAUAAUCGAAGUGCACCUAAAUCAGAUCAAGAAGCUGCAUCAAGACAAGAAUGGAAAUUUUGGCAUACACAACCAGUACCAAGUAUUGGAAAAAAAGUUGCGUCGGAAAAUAAUGGACCUGUAGAAGAAAAUAAACCUAUUGAAGAAUUAAAGCAAGAACCAUACAAAUUACCUGAUGGAUUUACAUGGGAUGAAAUUGAUAUUCUUGAUGAUGAACAAUUAAAGGAAUUAUACGUUCUCCUAAACGAAAACUAUGUUGAAGAUGAUGAUAAUAUGUUUCGUUUUGAUUAUUCAAUGCAAUUCUUACGAUGGGCGUUAUGUGCACCAGGGUGGAUUAGGAAAUGGCAUGCAGCUGUACGUGUAACAAAAAGUCGUAAAAUGGUCGGUUUUAUAAGUGCUGUACCAAUUAAAAUGAAAGCUUAUGAAAAGAUAGUUCCAAUGGUUGAAAUCAACUUUUUGUGUGUUCACAAAAGAUUACGUUUAAAACGUAUGGCACCUGUUCUAAUCAAAGAAAUAACUCGACGCGUUAAUUUGGAAGGUAUCUUUCAAGCUGUUUACACAGCUGGUGUUGUACUGCCAGGUAUUGUCAGCAAAUGUAGAUACUGGCAUCGAUCGCUCAAUGUCAAAAAGUUAAUAGCUGUUAAAUUUUCUCAUUUGGGUAGAAACAUGACGUUGCAACGAAUGCAAAAGCUCUAUAGAUUACCAGAACAAACACAUGUUAAAGGUUUUCGUGAAAUGCGUGAAGCUGAUGUACCAAAAGCAUUUGCUCUGCUUACUCAAUAUUUAUCAAAAUUUGAUUUAGCACCGAUAUUUACGCAAGAAGAAUUUGAAUAUCUAUGCCAAAGUCGUCCAAAUAUUGUUAGCUCAUUUGUUGUCGAACAAGAAGAUGGCGAAAUAACAGAUUUUAUUUCUUAUUACCAUUUAUCAUCAACGAUUAUGAAUCAUCCCCAAUAUAAAACACUAAAUGCAUGCUAUAUGUAUUAUCAUGCGGCAAGUCGUACACCACUUACUGAUCUCGUUAAUGAUUGUCUCAUACAAGCACAUAAUAAUGAUUUCGACGUUUUCAAUGCUCUCGAUCUGAUGGAUAAUAAAGACUUUUUAGAAAAACUUAAAUUUGGUGUUGGCGAUGGAAAUCUUCAAUAUUAUAUUUACAAUUGGCAAUGUCCACAAAUGAAUCCAGAAAAGGUGGCAUUGUUACUUCAAUAA